UUUCAUUUUCAUGGAGAAUCAAUAACUAGAAGAAGAAAGAAACAGCUAAGAGGGUUCUUUCCAUUGCCCAAAAUCUUUGCAUAGCUCCAUUAUCUCUAUCACCACCACAUUCAUAAUUAUACUUGCCCUAAGCUCUCACAUUCAACCUCAAGUUUCUUUUCUCUUCCUCUCACAUUCCCAAGAUAAUUUGGAACAAUUGUGUUGAGAAUGUGAGAAUCUUUGAUUCAAAUCUAAAAUUCUCAUUAUUCUUUACUCCUUUUGUGAUAAACAUAUUCUUUUUAUGCUCCCUUUCCCUUUCUCUGCUUCACCCUUCCUAAUUUUGUUCACGUUCUUCGUCAUCCUCAAGCCACAACCUUCAAGAUUUGAUUUUUCCAUCAAUGUGCGCCGCAAAAUCGAAAAUUUCCUCGAACCCAUUUCAAAUGUGGAUCUCAAUUUCACGCUACAUCCCACAUUCGGAAUUUCUGGUGACCGAGAUCUAGGGUUUCGGCUUCCUCCUUUUCGAAGCUUUUGCGGAAAUCAACGCUCCCGGGUUCGAUUGGUUCCGAUUCUUCCUUCAUGGGUUCAGUUUUCACCUGAAAGGUUCGUAAUUCGUUGAUUUCAGCAUCUGGGUCGCAAUGCUCAAGCAAAUCCUCAGCAAGCUUCCUCGGAAGUCGUUGAAACCCGACUCGGACGAGUCGACUCGGUGUGACUCGGCCCGUUCCGCUGAUUCGCCGCGCGCCGCCGGAAGAUGCCACAGGCCGCACAGCGGCGGAACAUCCGGAGCGAAGCGGGCUUCGUCGUCGGCGGUGUUUCCGGCGAGCAUGGUGUCCGGAAUUGAACCCUUGGUGCCGUUUAAGGAUGUUCCUAAUGGUGAGAAGAUGAACCUGUUUGUGAGCAAAUUGAGCCUUUGUUGUGUCACAUUUGAUUUCACUGACCCUGGUAAGAGCAUUGCAGAUAAAGAUGUUAAAAGGAAGACUUUGGUUGAGCUUGUUGAUUUUGUGGCUUGUGGGUCAAUGACGUUUAGUGAGCCUGCUAUUCUUGCCAUGUGUAGAAUGUGUGCUAUUAAUUUGUUUAGAGUUUUCCCUCCUAAUUAUAGGGCAAGUGGUGGUGGUGAGAAUGAUGAUGAUGAACCUAUGUUUGAUCCUGCUUGGCCACAUUUGCAACUUGUGUUUGAAUUGCUGCUUAAGUUUAUCUCUUCUCCGCGCCUCGAUGCCAGGGUGGCAAAAAAGUAUAUUGAUCAUUCGUUUAUUGCCAGAUUGCUUGAAUUGUUUGAUUCGGAGGAUCCUAGGGAGAGAGAUUGCUUGAAGACGAUUCUACAUAGGAUUUAUGGGAAGUUCAUGGUGCAUAGACCCUAUAUUCGGAAAUCUAUUAACAAUAUAUUUUAUCGGUUUGUGUUCGAGACCGAGAAGCACAAUGGUAUUGGUGAGUUGUUGGAGAUUUUUGGGAGCGUGAUUACCGGGUUCGCUUUGCCCUUGAAAGAGGAACACAAAAUCUUCUUGUGGAGGGUUUUGAUCCCCUUGCACAAGCCAAAAUCUAUUGGGGUCUACUUUCAGCAAUUGUCCUACUGUGUUAUGCAGUUUAUAGAGAAGGAGCCAAAGUUAGCGAGCAUUGUGAUAAGGGGCUUGUUGAAAUAUUGGCCAGCAACUAAUAGCCAGAAAGAGGUAAUGUUUCUGGGUGAACUGGAAGAAAUUUUGGAAGUAAUUAACAUGGUAGAGUUCCAGAGGAUUAUGGUCCCAUUGUUUUUGCGGAUUGGGUGCUGCAUUAACAGCCUACACUUUCAGGUAGCUGAAAGGGCCCUUUUCUUAUGGAACAAUGACCACAUUGUCAACUUGAUUGCACAUAACCGUCAAGUGAUCCUGCCUAUCAUAUUUCCAGCUUUAGAUAGGAAUGUUCAAAGCCAUUGGAACCCGGCAGUUAUCAACCUAACUCACAAUAUUAGAAAGAUGUUCUUGGAGAUGGAUGAAAAGCUCUUCAUUUCUUGUCAUAAUCACUUUAAGGAAGAAGAAGCAAUCUUGAUCUCAGCAGCAGAGAAGCGAAAGGAGGCGUGGAAACAACUUGAACAUGCAGCCAGUCUCAGGCCUGUAAUUGGGAAUACUGCAGUUUUAGUGUCCUGAUUUGCAUUGCAUGUUGGAUUAUCAAUCCUUUUUUCACUUGCCUCGUGUUAUGGUGGAAAAUCUCAAGAAAUGUUGAAUGACUGGUUAUUAGGAGUGACAUUUUGUUUCUGAAUCCAAUGUUUUUAUAAUGCUUCUGGUAGCCAGAUUGAGUGAGAGGGUUUUGAUUGCUACUAUGUGGUAGUAUACAUGAUGAGGAACAUGCAGUAAUUGUAACCAUUUUCUGUACAAGUUAAUUUCCAAAAUCUUUUGUGUA